UGGUAAUCAUAGCAACUCAAGCGGAUAUAUGUGGGAACGGUUAGGUACCAAUCGCGCGCAUACGCGGCUGCACUGGCGAUGGCAUUGCCUCCUUUUGGCGGUCGUCCUGGAAGCGACACUGCGCCGUAUAUGUUUAUUAUUUUCCCUAGACAGUUUUAUCGCUUUUCCAUCAAAAGUGUGCAAAAAUAAAAUAGUUUUCCCGAUUGAUUGCAAAACCAGUCAGAGACGGUCGCACAUUUCGUUGAAAUCCGGAUUGAUUGACAAUUUUUGCAUUGGCACUGGAAUCUGGGACGAAACUUGGGAGAACGAGGAGAACAAACGUGCAUAGCUUUCGCGCUUCACAGGGUUCUGUGGCUUUCGCGUGACACCGAGAAGUGCAUAAAUAACUGGAACGAAGUGUCCCAGUUAUUGGCCGUCGUAUCAACACAAGCUGUAAAGUAUUUCUGGAUUCGGAAGGAAAUUAGAUCAUUGCGUGACUCUCGCUUUCCGCAGGCUCGCGGAUUCGGAUUGAAGAGUUAGAGAACCUGGCUUUUCCGACAUAGAGCCGAGUAGAUGUCAACUUCGGAGCCCAAGCGAGUUUCCACCAAUUUGGCCACCAUUUACGGCAGAAUCGCUGCAGGACACGAACGGAUGAAGAUAUGCUUCUGCACGGAUUUGGACAAAUCCGUCCUGAUCAAUAACUUUGAGAAGCGUGGUUGGGUCCAGGUGUCGGCCGACGAUGACUGGAACUUCUACUGGGCCGGCACGGGAACAUGUCGUAACAUCUUCAGCGUGGACAGUGGCUACCGUAUGCACGACAACCAGCUGAUAAACCACUUCCCCAACCAUUACGAACUGUCGCGGAAGGAUUUGCUGGUGAAGAAUAUCAAACGCUAUCGGAAGGAUCUGGAACGGGAUGGUAAUCCGUUGGCGGAAAAGACGGAAGUGAAUAUUCCAGGGGGAUCGAAGUAUUUAUAUUUGGAUUUUAUUCCGGUGACGUUCGUUCUGCCAGCGGAUUACAAUAUGUUUGUCGAGGAGUAUCGGAAAAAUCCGCAGAGCACGUGGAUCAUGAAACCGUGCGGGAAGUCACAAGGGGCCGGCAUAUUCCUGAUCAACAAGCUGUCGAAGCUGAAGCGGUGGUCUCGAGAAGCCAAGACUUCGUUUCAUCCACAAAUCGGAAAGGAAAGCUAUGUUAUUUCCAGAUACAUCGAGAACCCGCUACUGAUCGGUGGUAAAAAGUUUGAUCUUCGAUUAUACGUCUUAGUUACUUCAUUCCGACCUCUCAAGGCUUACCUGUUUCGAUUGGGAUUCUGUCGUUUCUGUACCGUCAAAUAUGACACCAGCGUUACGGAAUUGGACAACAUGUAUGUCCAUCUGACGAACGUCAGUGUUCAAAAGCAUGGCGGUGAAUACAACAACCAUCACGGUGGCAAAUGGAGCGUUCAGAACCUUCGACUCUUUCUGGAAGGAACUCGUGGCAAAGAGGUUACCGACAAACUGUUUGGCUCUAUCACCUGGCUGAUCGUACACUCGCUGAAAGCUGUUUCCAGUGUGAUGGCAAGUGAUCGACACUGCUUCGAGUGCUACGGGUACGACAUCAUCAUUGAUAACACCCUGAAACCGUGGCUGGUCGAAGUCAAUGCAUCGCCCUCGCUCACGUCCACGACGGCCAACGAUCGAAUAUUGAAGUACAAGUUGAUCGAUAACAUUCUGAAUAUUGUGCUUCCUCCCGAUGGAAUUCCAGACGUUCGGUGGAACAAGAUCCCCAGUCCCGAUAUGCUCGGCAAUUUUGAUCUGCUGAUCGACGAGGAGAUCGCUGCCCAGGACGAAGGUGCCCCCAGCAACAACGGCAAAAAUAGAUCGAACAACAAUCGGUGGAAAUGAGAGUAAAUCGAAACGUGCGUGCAAUUUUCUUUUAUUUUCGUUUUAUUUUCAAUAAUUCAGUUUCGGGACAUUUCCCCCGUUUCUUAAAAGAUUUGCUUGGUUCUCUAUUGAAAAUCGAUUUGAUUCGCUAGUUUUUUUUUGUUCUCACAAAUUCUGACUUCGUGUUCAAAUUGAUUGAUUCAAAUGCAAAUGCCACCAGCGUGAGCGAGUGUGGCUCCAAAAUAUGACAAGUUUUUCCAAUUUGUCUAUUGGUGGCUUCGUUGAGGAUAUCAACAUCAAUAAACUGCGUCUUUGCCAUCUCGAAUUUACUACAAAACUCAAAUUUCCAAUGCUUAAUCAAUCGAUUGAGUAGAUUUGUUUUAUCUUUUCAUUAAAUAUUUUUCUCUAUAUGUGUUAUCUUCUGUUAUCAUCUGUCUUUUUCGAUUCUAUACAAUAAUUGUGCGAACGUUUUCUUAUUUGUCGUUAUUUCCAAAUAUCAAGUCUCUCGCCCGAGAACGGAUCAAUACCUACCGUGCUAUUUAAGUGUGGUUAUAUAGAAACAAAAAUCCAGAAUAACCUAAAAUCAACCGUAACUUGAAAGUAGACAUUACACAUUUCGCACGAAUAAUAGUGAAAAUAAAUAGCAGCAACAACUAAAAAAUAGAAAAUUUAAAAGUAGUCUGUAGAAUGGAAAUAAUUAACAUGGUUUCGUACACACUUACUACAACAUGUUUGUACUUAGUUAGAACUUUACCGUAUAGUGUUCAAUAAACUUCUUAAAUAAACAAAACAAACUACUUUUGGAAUCAUAAAUAAAAUGUAACGUUUGCUUCUGUUCCUGAUGAACUUUAGUAUUAAACACAUACAAUAACAACCCAAGCAAACCAAUCUGUCGCUGAAAAGAUUAUCAAAAUGAGAUCUCGGCAAAAUGGUUGUUUGCUGAUUACUCGGCUGUGCAAAUCUCGGCAAAAGAAUGGGAAAAUGUUGACAUCCCGGCAAUCUGAAAUAAGUGUGUAGGAGUUCCUUUGGAUUGUUUUCGGUAAUUCCUUUUGAAACUGCUUCGGCAUUUUUUUUAGAUGAUUCAGCCCUUCCUUUAAAAAGCUCGGUUGCAUUUUACGUGGGAACUCAUACAGAAAUUUCAUAAAAAUCUUCUUUGGCUAUUAUUUUGAGAAUUAUCAGGCAAUUCCGUUGGAAACAUGUUCGGAAAUUUCUCAGGAAAUGUCUUUAUAAAGAAUAGCAACACAAAAACGAAAACAUCUCCAGGAGCUCCUUUCAAGAUUCUUUCAGGAAAUACUUCAGGGAUUGCUUCAAGAAUUCCUUCCGGGAUUUGUAUGUUAAUUCCACUGAAAAUUCUUUCUGAAAUUCCUCCAUGAACCUCUUCCGCGCUUCCUCAAGGAACUACUUCCAGGAUUCUUUUGGGAAAUCCUUCCGGGAUUCCUCAUGAAGUUUUUACAGGAUUUCCUUGCGGAAAUACUUCACUAAGUAUUUUCUGAUUUUCUUCCAACAGGUUCUUCCGGGAUUUCAUUACUCCAGAAAUACGUUUUGGAAGCCAAAAAAAACUUCUUAACACGUUCUUACAGAAGCUAUUAGAAGGAUCUCCGAUGGAAUUCCUGGAGGAUUCACAAUAGUCCUUGAGAAAUCCCGGAAGAAAUCCUUUGAAGUCCCAGAAGGAAUCCCAGAAAGAAUCUCAGAAAGAAUCCUGGCAGGGGUUCCUGGAGGAAUGUCACGCGGAACCUUUAAGGAAUUUCAAGAAUUUAAGAAA